AUGAAAAACCAAACCAGGGUCUUGGAAUUUCUCUUCCUGGGCCUAUCUGACCAACCAGAGCAACAACAACUGCUCUUCAGAGUAUUUCUGGCUAUGUACUUCGUUGGAACACUGGGGAAUCUGCUCACCAUCCUGGCAAUUUGUUUUGAUUCCCACCUCCACACCCCUAUGUAUUUCUUCCUCUCCAACCUAUCCUUUCUCGAUCUCUGUUUUACCUCCACCAUAGUUCCCAAGAUGCUGGUGAAUUACCUGUUAGGGAGCAGUGCCAUCUCCUAUGCAGAAUGCCUGACUCAAAUGUAUUUCUUUGUGGCUUUUGGUGGCUCAGACAGCAUCCUCCUCUCUGCCAUGGCCUAUGACCGCUAUCUGGCUGUCUGCCACCCUUUACACUAUGGCACAGUCAUGACAUCACACCUUUGUGCUCUCUUGGUGGCUGUGCCUUGGGUUUCUGCUCACCUCAUUUCAAUGAUACAUACUGUAUUGAUGGCUCAGCUAUCCUUCUGUUCAAAUAAUAAAAUUCCUCACUUCUUUUGUGACAUGAAUACUUUGAUAAAACUCUCCUGUUCUGACACCUAUGUCAAUGAAAUGUUGGUUCUCCUUUUGGGAGGAAUAGUAGUUUUAGUUCCCUUCAUAUGCAUUGUGGUCUCUUACACUCCUAUUGUCUCUGCUGUGUGGAAGGUCUCAUCAGCUCAUGGGAAAUGGAAGGCCUUCUCUACUUGUGGCUCCCACCUCUCUGUGGUCAUUCUUUUUUAUGGCACCAUCAUAGGUGUGUAUUUCAACCCCUCUUCCACCCACACAACUCAGAAAGACAUGAUAGCGACUGUGAUGUAUACAGUGGUCACCCCUACCCUGAACCCUUUCAUCUAUAGUCUUCGGAACAAUGACUUGAAAAGGGCCCUGGGAAAGCUUCUUGGCUUGAAACAUUUCUCCAAGAUACAUUGA